AACAUCGUCUCGUCUUUCGUGUUUCGUAAUUUUCGCAUAAAAUUACGGAAAAUUUUCAAGUACUUAAAAUAAAUUCCGAGACAACAAGGAAAACUUUUUCCUGAAUAAUGAGCGCGGUGUCAUUGCUCACAAAAGCCAUCGAAUUAGAUGUAAGCGGUCGACGAAUCGAAGCACUUAAAUUGUACGAGGAAGGGAUUGGCGAGUUAUUAAGAGUUUGCAAAGCUGAGACAAAUGAGGAAAAGAAGAAACAUUUCCAGUCAAAAAUUGUCGAGUACAUGAAUCGAGCGGAAGAGGUGAAGAAAUUGGUGCAAAAAUGGAAUACCAAAGGCGAAAUUUGUGAUAAAAUUCAUGUGAUAGAUGGGGCGAGUGGCUUCAGCUAUCGGAGGGUGUUUGAAAAGUACAUGAAAGAUGAUGUGAAGGAAAUUCUCAUUGAUGAACCUUAUUUGAAAGAACACUUUCAGAUUUGUAACCUCGUAAUGUUCUGUGAAUUAGCUUUGAGCAAAUGUAAAAACUUGCGAUACAUCAAAGUUACCACUAUAAAAGACGUUCGUCCAUCCAGCGAACAAAAUAAUGGCUUCUCAUCCCUAACGGAGAGUCUGGCAAAGAAAAGUGUCACCAUCAACUUUGACUUUCACGAAAAUUUACAUGAUCGACAAGUAAUCUUAAGCAACGGUUACAUCAUAAAAAUCGGACGAGGCUUGCACUAUUUCAAACCGCCAGCUAAUAAAUACUCAAUCGGUGCCUUCGACCACAAUUUUCGGGAAUGUCGUGAAACGAACAUUGACAUAUUUUAUUGUCCAGAAAAUAAAAAAUAACAU